AUGGAGUCUUUCUCUGGCGAUGCAGAAGAAAGCACUGAUGAUAUUCCAGGACGCAAAAAGUCCAAACUCAAGUCUCUGAAAACCCGUCUCUUCGGGAGAAGUAAGAGAACAGGUGGAGAGGGGAACAUCAAACUCAGUCAGUCGGCCAGUGACAUCACUGCAGGAAAGGGCCUCGGGUCAGAUGAAGAUUUGGUAUGCUCCCAGGGGAUGAUGGGAUCGCGAGCAUUGUCCCAUGACAGCAUCUUUCUGGCUGAUCAGGUCCUGACGGACACUGAACCGGCCAGGGUCUUAUCCCAGGAGAAUGUUCACAGCAAGAUCAAAGCUCUGCAGAUUAAGCUUCAGCAGCAGAAGAUGCAUUUGGGGCCGCCGCCUCUGGUUCUGCCGAUCAGACGUCCGGAGGACCAGGGUAGCCGCUCAGAGGAUGACAGUCUUCCUCACAGCCCCCCUGAGGUCUCAGGGAGUGAUGUUACAUCCCAGGAAGCCUUCAGCAAGGCCAUAUCCCAGCCAUCCUCUCAUCCACUCUUGACCAAGUAUGCGCCCUCGACUCCAUCCCAUCUUUUACCUCUUAUUGUCCCCUCCAUUUCCUCUGUUAUCGAGCCCCCCUUGGACUUCAGCUCUCCAGCUCAGUUCACCCCCUGCCUGGAUACCUCUGCUGCACGCCACCGGAUGUCUGUCAAGCCGAGAAACCAGAGGGCCAGCACCAAGAAGAGGCUCGCUACACAGACUGAUUCUAGGUCUCACUCACACACCCUGAACAACAUUGACCACUGUGAGUCUGUGAAAGAAGAAAAGCAGCAGCUUGGUGCUCAGGACGAUGUGACAGUGGAAACAGAACAAGGAAAGACUGACAUUCCUGUCACAGCUCAGCAUCUUCCUUCAAAAUCCCCAGAAGUGGCACCAGUCACACGAGAAGCAGCACCCAAACCCUCCAGUCUAACGUUUUCCCAACAGGACCAUGCUCCUCUGGGGAGAGCGCCCUCUGCUCCCUCACAGGUACCUUGGGUUAAGCCUCAAAAACCAGUGGAUGUAACGUCCAGUGAACGGCCACAUACAUCCUGUAUUGAGUCAGAACUUAAAAAGAGAGGGGGGUUUGAGAUACAAGUAAUGUCCCAAGACAAGAAGAAUACUCUAAAAAAGGUUGAAAUGGCUGAAGACCCCUCAGACCAGCCCUCCACUACCUUUGGCUCAGUGGUGGCUUUCAAGUCCUCCUCUGUUCACCAGCAGGUUCAAGGUGAGAUAGAGAGCACAAUAGGAAUAAAGAGACUUAGCCCAGGAUCUGGGUCCUUCCAUCUCUCCAUCACCACUGCCAAAAACCGAGAUGGAGAGAGACCCCGAUCAGGCAGUUUUGUGGGAAUGCUGGAACAAGCUGAAGCCAAGCACAAGACUGUAGGGGGAACAGAGGAUAAACCCUUUUCAAGCUUGGGCCCCUUUGCUGUGGGAAGACUGAAACAAGAGGGAGCUUCGCCCAAAAGUUCAGUACUUGUCAGGAGGGACAGCCUCAAAAAGAUAGAACCAGACACAGGCACUGAGUCGGGGGAGAAGGUGGAGAGCAGCCGGGAGGAGGUGGAGGAGGCAGUGGAAGCACAGGAGGUCCAGGAGGAAGAAGGAAAAACAGCAUUUGGUAUCAAGCUACGCUCAACAUCUCAGUCGAUAAGAUUUCGGUCUGACCCUACUACGUCUAACCAUCUUUCUAAGCCACCAGCAUGUGAAGACCAGUCUGACAAACAAAAAAGACAGGAAAUAAGCGAUAAUGUUACCAACAUGUCUAAGAAGCUGCCGACAAACGUCUCUUGUACGCCAUCCACCUCUGGAGAUGUCAGAGUGACAGAUCCAACCCCACCUGACUCCUCUCUUCCAGUCAAGAAUAACCUGCCAUCUAAAGGCGAUCCUCACAUCAUGCUUGCAGAAGUCCAAGCAACUUCCUCAGACCCCAGAGAAGAAGAAACUGCCCUAACAGUGCCUCAGGAGCCCCAACCUGCCCCUCAAACAGCCUCAUCUGAGGUGUCCUGGAUGAGCCUGGCAAUGGAAAAGACCAGGAGCCUUCAGCAACUCUUUACUAGUAGAUUCCCCAGAGAUUUUACAGGCGUGCAGACUGCAGCUCGACCGCAAGUGCAAGUGCAGCCGGUGAGUCAAACAGAGACACAGACUGGUGCACAAAUGCAGACAGAGACUGUAAAAACGCAACAGAGUACAACACCAGUGCAGGCUGCAAAUCAAUCAACUGAUAAAGCAGCAACAAUACCAAGUAGAAGUCAAGCACAGACUGUGAAACCAUCACUGAUGUCAGUGCAACAGAAGGCAUCACCAACAUCUGCUGGUCUGUCAAACACUUCUAGAGAAGCACAAACGUCAAAGCAAACCAAUGAAUCCCAGUCACACCCAAAUACAACUCAGUCUGCCUCACAGUGUCCGUCUCAUACACCUGUACAGACUAACCCAUGGACAACCCAGUCUCCCUUGUGCUCUUCUACGCAAACAGAGACCUCAUCUCAGUUUACACAAAGGAGUGCCGCCCAGUGGCUUGCACAAUCUGACCUUUCCACGGGCCAGCAUGCCACUUCCCAACAAUCUCCUUGGAGGGGUCAUCACCCCACCAGCCAGCUCAAACCUGCAGCUUCCAUUUCUACCACCUCGUCAGCCACAGCUCCUCCCCCAGUGUCUGCUUUGGGAAGAGUGGAAAGAGAAGAAAACAUGCAGGAAAAAGAGGGUCCCUCAUUCUCAGGAAGACGAGUAGUUUGGGCUGGGUCUGUGAGCGAGAAGGCUGCUUUUCUGGAAAAACGGGCAGAGUGGACCACUCCACCUGGAAACAAGGGGGUGGAACUGAAGAAAGCUCAAACUGAAGUGCAGACAUCAGGUGAAUCCCCCACCAUGGCCAAAACAACACCUCUAAGCAAAGACUCAAAACCAGAAGGAAGGCAAGCGGUAAAACCUGCAGAGUCAAGCCCCACCAAAGUUCCAGACAGGCCUCGUGAGGACAAAUGGCUCCGGAAAAACAUGGUGUCUUCGUCGCCCUCAUCGUCCCCCACACAGCCAUCAGUGUUGCAGUCCAUAUCUGACAGUGGCCAGCCGUCUUGGAUGGAGCUAGCGAAGAGGAAGUCAAUGGCAUGGAGUGACAAGACCAUGGACUAAGAAGGAAAAGAGACAAAUAUACAGGGUAUGGAAACAAGAAUAUGAACAGGACCUGCAGACAAAUACUGCCUUCAUCAAGGUUAAUGAGCCGAAUGUUUGAGAAUGUCAGAAUGAUGUUGGUACGACUCCAUGGUAAUUUAUGUUGUAAGGGUUUUGUGUUUGUGUAAUGAAUGGUAUUUAAUUGUAAA